AUGGAUUCGAGUCAAAGGAGAAAGAGUGGGAUCAAUCUCCCAGCUGGGAUGUCGGAGACAUCUCUACGUCUCAACACCGGCGUCGGAUCUCCGUCUCCUCUUAUCAGAACCCUAUCGUCUCCGUCACCUCGAACAAUGUCGCCCCGAACCAUAUCCAAUUUGACGUCAUCUCCAUCGUCCAAAUCCACCGGAGCCUGCAGCGAUCGGUUCAUACCUUGUCGCUCGUCUUCCAGACUUCACACAUUCGGAUUACUGGAUAAAGCAUCGCCGGUGAAAGAAGGCGGAGGAGGGAACAAUGAGGCGUACUCGAGGUUAUUAAGAUGUGAAUUAUUUGGGCCUGAUUUUGGGUUUUCUUCUCCUGCAGGUACGACUAAAGGGUCGAGUUCGCCGGCGAGCAGUCCAAGCAAGAACAUGUUGCGGUUCAAGACGGAUAGUUCGGGUCAGAAUUCUCCCUAUUCGGGUUCAAUAUUGGGUCAGGAUAACGGGUUGAGUUCGGAGUCUGCAACUCCACCCAAGCCCCCUCGCAAGGUGCCAAAAACACCCCACAAGGUUUUGGACGCACCCUCGCUUCAAGACGAUUUCUACUUGAACCUUGUGGAUUGGUCAUCACAGAAUGUACUGGCGGUUGGGCUAGGCAGCUGCGUUUAUUUAUGGACCGCUACAACCGGCAAAGUGACCAAGUUGUGUGAUUUGGGUCCUAACGAUGGGGUCUGCUCCGUUCAAUGGACCCGAGAAGGGUCUUAUAUAUCUGUCGGUACCAGUCUUGGAAAAGUUCAGGUUUGGGAUGGGACUCAGUGCAAAAAGGUUCGAACCAUGGGAGGACAUCAAACAAGAACCGGCGUUUUGGCUUGGAGCUCACGUAUUUUAUCCUCCGGAAGUCGAGAUCGUAACAUACUUCAACACGAUCUUCGUGUCCCAAGUGACUACAUUAGUAAGCUUGUUGGCCAUAAAUCAGAGGUAUGUGGGCUUAAAUGGUCUCAUGAUGAUCGAGAACUAGCGUCCGGUGGAAACGACAAUCAGUUGUUGGUGUGGAAUCAGCAUUCCGCGCAGCCGCUUCUGAAACUGACCGAGCACACGGCUGCGGUCAAGGCGAUUGCAUGGUCACCGCACCAGAGCAACCUUCUGGUCUCAGGUGGUGGGACUGCUGACCGGUGCAUUCGGUUUUGGAACACGGGCAACGGGAACCAACUGAACCAUGUUGACACGGGGAGCCAGGUGUGUAAUCUGGCAUGGAGCAAGAAUGUGAAUGAACUGGUGAGCACACAUGGGUAUUCACAAAAUCAAAUAAUGGUGUGGAAAUAUCCGACAUUGGCAAAGGUUGCGACUCUAACUGGACAUAGCAUGAGAGUUCUGUAUCUAGCAAUGUCACCGGACGGUCAGACAAUAGUGACGGGGGCAGGUGAUGAAACACUCAGGUUUUGGAAUGUGUUUCCGUCUGUGAAAUCUCCGGCACCGGUAAGGGACUCGGGACUCUGGUCGUUGGGAAGAACUCAAAUCAGAUGAUGAUG